UUUACGGAGCAGUACUAGAUAUUUACUUCCGGUUUGCCUUUAAAGAAAAGGGUUUCCGCCAUGUUAAAGUGUAGUAUGUAAUUACCUUGUUUUGGAUUGUAUUUAUUUUUAUGGAGAGGGAUCCAUCGUGUAGAAACAGAAGGUGAUGAUGCACCAUGGCAGUGGGUCGCAGAAUGUCCAGCGUCAACUCCAGCGUUCCAAGUCUCUCACAGGCAGUGAGGGAGAGGAGCAGCAGGGAAACUUGCCCCAGUCACCUGCUGCCUCAUUUGCACCUGCAGCAAGUCCAUCUGCUCCACAGUCGCCUGGCUAUCAGAUUCAGCAACUUCUCAUGAGUCGAAGUCCAGUGGCUGGACAGAAUGUUAACAUUGCACUUCAGAAUGUAGGACAGGUGGUUACAGGAAACCAGCAAAUAACUCUUGCCUCUCUGCCAGUCCCAAGUCCAGCAUCACCAAAUUUUCAGUGCACUUCUCAACAGAGGAGAUUUGACCAUGGAUCCCCAUCUUAUAUUCAGGUUACUUCGCCUGUGCCACAGCAGGUUCAGCCCCAAAGUCCUACUCAGCACAGCCCCGUGUCUAUGCAGGCUUUGCAGAAUGCACGGUCAAGUACUCCUGCCACUAUUGGUUUAAGUAUGUGUCAGAGCCCUACCCGGGCGGUUGUAGAUGUUAAUGCACUGCGGCAAAUCAACCUCAGUCCAUCAAACAGUGGACAUUUUGUGUACCAGGAGCUUUCAGGACUUCAGAUUGCACAAGGAGCUAGUGGGCAAGUGCAGCUUACAAGUCCAACAACAUCUACCAGUGUUCAGCGCGAGCGGCGACUUUCACAGCCUCACUCCCAGACUGGAGGCACCAUUCACCAUCUGGGACCUCAGAGCCCUGUGGCCAGUGGUGCUAGUUUGCAGCCAUUGACAAGUCCAGGGCACAUCACCACUACAAACUUACCUCCACAGAUUAGUACUAUAAUUCAGGGUCAACUUAUCCAGCAGCAGCAACAACAGCAGCAGCAGGGACUUCAUGGGCAGCACAUCACCAGACCCUUGGGAUACGACAGAACAUCUACAGGAAUGAUUGCAGGAGUUGGAGGUUCAUCGGGUUUUGGAAUUACCUCACCACCUCCCCCCACUAGCCCUUCUAGAGCUGCUGUUGCCCAGGGACUUUCUAGUAUUACUUUUACUACAUCUGGUUUGGGAGUUGUCAAGAAACAACCUAAAAAACUGGAGGAGAUUCCACCUGCAACAGCUGAAAUUGCCCAGAUGAGAAAGCAGUGCAUUGAGCACCACACCAAGGAAAUGGAGUUGUUAAGGGAGAAUCGGAAGGAAUUCUUAAUUGAAUUGUUUUUCUUGCAGCAACUUCAAGGGAAUAUGAUGGAUUUUCUGGCUUUUAAAAAAAAGCUUUGUGUUCAACUCCAGUUUUACCUCAGGCAAAAUGACCUUGAUAUGGAUGAAGAUGAAGAGGAAGAGCAAUCUGAAGUUAUCAAUGAUGAGGUAAAAGUUGUGACAGGAAAAGAUGGGCAGACUGGCACUCCUGUUGCUAUAGCAACUCAGCUUCCUCCCAAUGUUUCUGCUGCUUUUUCAUCACAGCAGCAACCAUUUCAGCAAACACAUACAAGUACUUCUGUUGCGGCUACUGCAAGCACCAUUGAGAUUGAAGCAUUUAAAAGACAACAGGUGGUGAACCAAACAGCUGCAGACCAGGUUAAGCGGCAGAGAAUAGAGGUUGGUCGACAUGGCAUCGUAUUUCAGCAUCCGGGUGUGGUGUCAGGAGUUCCCCUUCAGCAACUUAUGCCAACAGCACAAGGUGGAAUGCCUCCUACACCUCAAACAGUACAGCUUACAGGACAGAAGCAAAGCCAGCAGCAGUAUGAUCCGUCAAAAGGUCCUCCGGUUCAGAAUGCAGCCAGCUUACACACACCUCCUCCUCAGCUUCCUGUCAGACUGCCACCAAACAGUGUGGCCAUGACCUCCCUUUCAGCUACACUGCAGCUUGCUCAGCAACAACAGCAGCUCCAGCAACUUCCUCCAGCUCCACCAUUGCCUGUACCACAGCAAAUUGUGGAACCACAAAGUCAGCCACAACUUCAAGUGCAGCCUCCAUUCCAGAUCCAGGUGAAGCCACAAAUACCUCCUGUGCCAGCCCCUACUGCUGUGCAGACUCCUCUUCAAACACAACUUCAGCAGCAGAUGCAGCCAAUGGGACAAAUUCAGUUACAAGGACAGAUGCCAUUGCAGUUGCCACAGCCUCCUUCCCAGUUACAACAGCAGCCGCAGCAACAGACUGUGCAGCUCGUGAGGCCAGCAGCAGAAUCUGUCCAAGUAUGCCAGAGACUUGUAGCAAAUCCCAUUCCUCCUCCUCCUUUACCAUCAACAGGUGUGUCAGUGACGGUCUCUCCUGCAGUGUACACAUCAGUACCCACCAGAACAUCUCCAGCUUCUAUUAAGAAUCAUUCUCCAGGCUCAUCCAAACCUCCUCAACUAGCAGUUACUGCAGCUCCUAAAGCGUCCAUCCCAGCUCAGAACUCAGCACCACAACAGCAGGACAGCACCCAAGACAAACUUGCUGAGCAAGUGAAACUGGAAAACCAGGUACACCAGCGAAUAUCUGAACUUAGAAAAGAAGGGCUUUGGUCCCUGCGGAGAUUGCCAAAGGUUCAGGAGCCUCCCCGCCCCAAAUCUCAGUGGGAUUAUGUCUUGGAAGAAAUGCAAUGGAUGGCAGCAGACUUUGCCCAGGAAAGAAGAUGGAAGAUGGGCAUUGCCAAAAAGCUUGUAAGGACUGUGGCUCGGUUCCAUGAAGAAAAGAAGAUUAUUGAAGAAAAGACUGUGAAAGAAAAGCAGAACAGUUUAAGGCGCAUAGCAGCCUCAGUUGCACGAGAAGUUGAAUACUUCUGGUCCAAUAUUGAACAGGUGGUGGAAAUUAAACUGCAGAUACAGAUUCAAGAAAAACGAAGACGGGCUUUGACUCUGAACAAGAAUCUGAAAAAAGAACCGGAUGCCAAAGCAAAAGGAUUAUGUUCUAGUGUGCUGACAGAGACUGAUUCUGGCUUCCAAACAAGUACAAAAAGAAAAGCAAGUGAGAAUGACUUGGAGGAGGAAGUUGAAGAUGAGGAGGAAACCAUUGAAGAACAAGAAGAUCUUGAAAAGUCUACAGACAUUGAAAUGGAACUGGCUGAAUUGGCCAAGGACGCUGAGAUACCCCUAGAUGUUCUUGCAGAACAUUACGCUGGUGCAUAUGCUGAAGAUUUUCAGUGGCCACAACCCAAUUCAGACAACGAAGAAGAUGACCAAGGUAUGGAUGAGUUUCAACCUGAAACUGAAGGCCCCCAGGAGGAAGUAGUGAUAGAUUCACUUCUUACCAUUGAUCCAAGUAAAGGCCCAGAAAGGCUGAGUGCAGGUACAUUUGAUGGAAAGAAAACAAGGAAGAACAUAGUGGAUGUUGCAUCCAUGGCUGAGCAAUUUCUGCCAAAAGGAAUUGCAAAGGCUACUGCUUCGCCACAGGCAAAAUUGUGUCAUCCACGCCUCCUUCAUGGGACUUUGAGAGAAUAUCAACAGAUUGGUGUAGAUUGGCUUCUGAAGUUGUACAAGAAAAACUUGAAUGGGAUUCUAGCAGAUGAGGCUGGACUUGGGAAAACAGUGCAGAUCAUUUCUUUUUUGGCAGGCUUGGCUGCUUCUGAAGGAAAUUGGGGUCCACAUCUUGUCGUGGUACGUGCCUGUAAAUUGUUGACUUGGGAAUUACAGUUUAAACGUUGGUGUCCCGGAUUGAAAAUACAUUUGUAUAUUGGCAACAGAAGAGAACGAAGAGUGAAAAGACAGAUGUGGCUGGAACCCAACAGUUUCCAUGUUUGUAUUACUUCCUAUAAACUGCUGCUUAGAGACCAUAAGGCUUUUUCAAAGAAAAGAUGGCAGUAUAUGAUUCUUGAUGAAGUUCAGCAGCUGAAAAGCAUGACGGAGACACAUUGGGAGACCAUCUUAGGGUUCCGAAGCCUUCGGCGACUUCUACUGUUGGACAGCCCCUUGCAGAACACACUAUUUGAGCUGUGGACUAUGGUGCAUUUUUUAUUACCUGGGAUUUCUAGGCCUUAUCUGGAUUUUCCAGUGAAAUCAGGAAGUGAGGAGAACCAGGAUUACUGCCAUAAACUUGUCAUUAGGCUGCACAGGAUGAUACAGCCCUUCCUUUUACGAAGAUCAAAAAGAGAUGUUGAGAAACAGCUGCCAAAAAAAUAUGAACAUGUGCUGAAGUGUCGUCUUUCUGCUAGACAGAAGGUCCUGUAUGAGGAUAUUAUGUCUCAGCCUGGAACUCAAGAAGCUCUUAAGAAUGGGCAUUUUAUUAAUGUCCUUCAUGUUCUUAUGCAACUUCAGAAAAUUUGUAACCAUCCCGAUCUGACUAACCCCAGACCUUCGCACUACUCUUAUGUUCUGGCAGCAUUGCAGUAUACGACUGCUUCUCUCAUCUUGAAAGCCCUGGAGUAUGAACCUUGGAAGAAUACCAGCAUAUCUGCUUUUGAUUUGAUUGGAAGUGAAACUAAGAUGUCACGUUAUGAAGCACAAGUUCUUCCUAAACAAAAAGUAACUAGGAAGCUUAUAGAAGAAAUCUACAACUCACCUGACCCUCCUUCAAGACCCACUGCUGCCAAGCUGAAACCAAGCAAACUGUUUCAGCCAGUACUCUACGGGCAGAAGCCAGAAGGCAAGACUGUUGUAUUCACUAGUACUCAACCGCAGCGCACAACAGCCACAACUACAACAACAGUAGCACAGCAGGGACAGGCAUGGGGCAAAUCCCCUGUCACUUCAGUCCCUUCUGGUCAAGGAGGUGAGGUAGUGAAAAUUGCUCAGCUUGCAACAAUAGCUGGAUCCCAGGGCAGAAUCGCACAACCUGAAGGCCCUGUAACGUUGCAGUUUCAAGGCAACAGAUUCACAUUAUCUAAAAGUCAGCUGAGGCAGCUUACAGCAGGCCAGCCCUUACAGUUACAAGGAAGUGUUCUACAAAUAGUACAAGCUCCCAGUCAGCAGAUUCUCCGUCCUCAAGGCCCAGUUGUAAUGCAAAAUGUCCCCCAGACUGGAAAUCUGCAAACUUCCAUAACUGCUUUGGGGACUCAGCAGUCAACAGCAAUGCUAAAUUCCACAACAGUAACUCCAUCAGCAGUCACCAGUCAACCAAGGGUUCCUACCCCCACUGCUGACCAAGCCACAUUGCCAAAACCAGCGCAGCCUGGUGGUGAUGCAGCACAGGAAUCAAAUGAAGAAAAGUGUAGGCUUCUUAAGGAGCGGCUUGACAGUAUAUUUGCGAUGAAUGAAAGAAGAUGUUGUAGAUCACCAGUUUACGGUAUGGACUUGGUGGAAAUAUGUUCCUCAAUUAGUAGAAGAAAGAUUCCGAUGCGUGCCAUUAAGAGUUCAUGGAAAUGGGCUGGUUUUGUAAACUGCAGAGCUGCGCAAGAACCUGAAGAAGUAGUGAGCAUACAGUGUGAAACUUUAGGGCGUAUGAUCCUUUCUCUGGCUCAACGUGAAGAAGCAUUGCAGCAUACUGUUAAAAGUGUCUCUUGUGUGGUGCCUGCUGCACUUGCAUCUCUUCCUUGUUUACAAGUCCCAAACCCCCCUGCUGUCUACACUCACUCCAUGAGGUUACUUUGGCAGAAUAUGAAGAUGGGAUUAGCUCCUUUCCUGCAGCAUAAAUGGCCUUUCAUUUUUCCAUCCAGUUUGCAGUUCCCUGAGCUCCGCCUGGUACAGUAUGACUCAGGGAAGCUUGAAGCCUUGGCUGUUUUACUGCAUAAAUUGAAAUCAGAGGGUCGUCGUGUGCUGAUCUUUUCACAGAUGGUUCGAAUGCUUGACAUCAUGGAACUAUUCCUUAACUUCCAUGGCUUUACAUAUGUGCGAAUUGAUGAAAGUGCAUGUCGUGAAGAGCGCCAGGAGCAACUGAAGGAUUUCAACAGAGACAGACGGAUAUUUUGUGCUGUUCUAUCUAUUCAUGGUGGUUCUGUGGGAUUGAAACUUGUAGAAGCAGACACCUUUGUAUUUUAUGACAAUGAUUUAAAUCCUGUUAUGGACGCCAAAGCACAGGAAUGGUGUGACAAGAUUGGAAAAUCAAAAGACAUUCACAUAUACAGGUUGGUGAGUGGAAACUCAAUAGAGGAGAAAUUGUUAAAGAAUGGAACAAAAGAUUUGAUUCGAGAGGUUGCAGCACAAGGGAAUGACUAUUCAAUGGCGUUUUUGACCCAGCAAACCAUCCAAGAGUUAUUUGAAGUACAUUCUCCUAAUGAAGAUUCUGGUUUUCGUGUAAAGGCAGAAGAGUUUGUAGUACUGUCUCAGGAACCGUCUCCGUAUGAAAACAUUUCAGCAAAAGUUGCUAAGCCUUUCAUAGAGGCUUUAAAUAGCAUUGAGGGAGAGGAAGCAGGUCACCACAAACGCUUAAAAAACAUUGAGAUGGGCCUCACAAGUCGUGUUGUAACUGAUGAAAUGUCACCUGCAGCAGAUGAGGAGGGGCUUUCAGAAUUUGAAGAACUGGAAGCAGUAGUCGAACAGCUUACUCCUAUUGAAAAGUAUGCUCUGAAGUACCUUGAAGUGUCCCAUGUCUCCAGCAAAGAGGAAGUGAGCAGAGUGGUUGAGGAGCAGUUGAAGGCCAAGAAACUGUGGGAGUCCAAUCAGCUGAAGUUGGUGAAGGAAGAGGAGGAUGCACACAUGUUCUGGGAUGAGGAAGAUGUUCUGUUCACAUACACAAGGGAGGAUGCAUAUUGCAAGGAAUAUGUGUGUGAAGGCCCUGAUGGACAAACAGAAAUAAUGCCUAUCUGGACUCCACCAACACCCCCUCAGGAUGACAAUGACAUUUAUAUUGAUUCUGUGAUGUGUUUAAUGUAUGACACCACUCCUAUCGUUGAAUCUAAAUUGCCUCCAGUGUACAUCCGCAAAGAGCAUAAGCGACUUAAAAUGGAUCCAUCAGCUAUAGGAAGAAAAAAGAAACAGCGUCAUGGAGAAGCAGUCAUUCCACCUAGAUCUUUAUUUGACCGAGCAACCCCAGGCAUGUUAAAAAUGCGGAAAGAAGGCAAAGACCAGAAGAAGAACAUGUUGCUCAAACAGCAGUCACAGUUUAGUAAGCCACUCCCAACUAUUGUAAAAACCACUGUGGAAGCAGGGCAGGAUAAUCCAGAGUGGCUCAUCAGUGAGGACUGGGCUCUACUCCAGGCUGUGAAACAGCUACUUGAGUUACCUCUAAACUUGAGCAUUAUUUCACCAGCGCAUACACCGAACUGGGACCUUGUCAGUGAUGUUGUGAAUGUAUGUAGCCGCAUUUACCGCUCGCCAAAACAGUGUCGGAACAGAUAUGAGAGUGUCAUCAUCCCUCGGGAGGAAGGGCGGCUGAUUUAUGAAAGUAACCCAAAGAAGAAAGCACAAAGCAUUUACAAGACAAAAAAUAAUCGGCCUCUUCGAACUAGUCAGAUCUAUGCUCAAGACGAGUGUGCUACACAUACACAGCUCUACACAACCCGCUUUGAGUUAAUGAAGAUGAUCGCUAGCAAAAGAAGCCCGCCAAUAAAGCCAUUACUUGGGAUGAAUCCAUUCCAGAAAAAUCCCAAAAAUGCUUCUGUACUAGCAGAAAGUGGAAUCAGUUAUGAUAAGCCACUUCCUCCAAAUCAGGUUGCAUCUCUUCGUGCAGAGCGCAUAGCAAAAGAGAAAAAGGCUUUGGCAGAGCAGCAGAGAGCUCAGCAACAGCAGCAGCAGCAGACUGGCCAACCACAAGCACCACAGACUGUUACACCACAGCUGCAGGCUCCACCUCCACAGCCAGCCCAGGCUCAAGUAGUACAGCAAUCUCAGGCUGUAGUGCAGACUGCAGCUACAACUGUAGCCAGUACCGCAGUCCUGACAGGAACACUGAAAACUGCAGUUUCUGGAGCAAGCCUACAAACUGCUGCUGUAAGUGGAAAUGUGAUUGUUACUGGUGUACCGGCUACUACCUUUCAGCCUAUUAAUAAACGCCUUGCAUCUCCAGUCCAACCUGCGUCUUUAACAACCACAGGAAGCUCUGCAGCCCAGGUUGUACAUACUCAGCAGAGAACUGUAACUGCUCCUGCUGCACCUGCAGAAAUGGUAGCCAUAGCAACAAGCCAGGCUGCUCGAGCUUUGACUCCAGUUACUGCAUCACCUGCAGUAACGACCACGCUGACUCCAGUCCAGUCCCAGGCAAGGACGCUAGUGACACAAGGUUCACCAGCCACAGCUUCAAGUGUCCAGCUGUCCAAGACAUUAACUCCUGCUCAUAUUCAUCUCAUCCGUCAACAAUCUGCACAGAUGCAGGUGCAACAGACUCAAGUGCCUCCCUCCUCUCAACUGAAGACUGUAUCAAAAGUUCCACCGGAGCAGCUUCUAAAGUUGCAGAAGCAAAAAUUGAUGCAGGUACAGCAGCAGCAAACACAGCAGGUGUCACCACAGCAGACGACACAGGUGCAACAGCAGCAGCAACCAACACAGCAGCAGAGUCAGCAGCUAACUGCAGUAACUGCACCAAGAUCUGGGGCUGUCCUUGCUGGUAACACUGUGACCAGUCUCCAAGUUGCUCGCCUUACCCGUGUCCCUGGUGGUAUUCAAUCACAAGGACAGAUCCAGACACAGAAUCCGCAGACAUCACAAGUGACCCUUACAAAACCAAAUAUGGUGUCUCUUCCAGCUGCUGUUGUGCCAUCAUCUGGAGUAACAACACUUCCAGUCACCGUUGCUGGAAUAAGUGUUGCCAUUAGUCAGCCACAGAAAGCAGCAGGAGGACAGACUGUCGUCACACCGCAGCUGCAGGUUCAGCAGCUUCUCAAAAUAAAGCAGCCACAGCCAAAGACCGUAACAUCACAGGUGGCAGCAGGCCAAACGGUGCAGCAAAAGAUGGCUUCCCAGCAAGUGACCAUACAGACACAACAGGCGGCACAGCAGCAGAAAGUCACCUAUGCAACUCAGUCAGGUCUUAAAACAGGGUUUUUGACCACCCCACUUCCUCAAGCACAGAAACCAUCUGGAACCCAGCAAGUUCAGACUCAAAUACAGCUUACAAAGCUUUCACAGAUGGUCCCUCAGCAGCCUACUGUUACAAAUAUCCAACAGAUGGUGCCUGCUCCACAACAGGUUCAAGCUCAGCCACAGACUGUAACUCUGUCCCAGGCAACCAGCUCAGGACAGCAGCAGGUCCAGGUGAUUCCAACAGCAGCACAAGUGGUCCAGCAGAAGUUAAUACAACAGCAGGUGGCAUCAGCACCGGCUCAGAUCCAGACAUCCCUUUCCCAGAACCCAGCACAGGCACCUGCCACCUCUGAUGCUCAGGUGCAGCAAACUAAGGUACAAAUGAGAACAGCACCUGCAGUGCGGUUGAAAGCACCCAACAAACCAAGUUGAAUGCCAUAAAAAAAGACAAACUUUAGGAAUGUCAUCUGCAGUUCUUUAUGGGACUUUAAAAAGCUCUUCAUAUGAAGUUGGAAUGUUGUUAGGUAAGCUGCAGCAUACCUGAAGUGUCAGGGCAGCUGUUUGCUGAUAGGUGUGUGCCACCUAAUGGACCAGAUUAUACACAGACUUGGGAAACACAAAAAAAAAUAGAAAGUUUGUAAAGCAUACUUUGUGUUUAGGCCAUGAGUGGGCUUUGAAUAUCUUUGUUACUAGAGGAAUGUGCAAGAUUGCACCAGCAUGAUUUUAUUAGACUUCAUUGCAUCACCAAAAAUGACUUGUCAGGAUUAUUCCUUGUUUCCAGGUUGUUCUUCAGCAUGAGAAACAGCAUUUGGUGAUGUAAAUGUGUUGGUCUUGUACUCCAGCAUAGCAUUAGAGACCAAAUCAUCUGCAGUAAUUUGUGUAAGCAAAACGUGCAUCCAUACUUAACGUAACAGGUGAAGUCUAAAAAUCAUAUUUUGUUUUAGAACAUUUGGUGCCCUUUGAGAUGAAAGGACCCCUAUUUUCAGUAUUUAUCAUCUCAUGUUUACAGUUGUCCACUUUCAUCUACUCUGAAUGGGUUAUUAAGGUUGAUUUUUCUGUGCAGUUGUUCUGGAUGUGGUCCAUAAUUUGAAAUCUCCUGUUAUAUGGAUUCACUGUGUUUUGUUAAAUGCCACUAACUAGCCUUAUUAGAUUCCAUCGUUGUGGUUAUGGAUUAGGUUGGGCACACAAUAGGUUUAUUGUACAUCAUUAAGAAUUUACCUUUCUUGGGUAGGGAGUCUUUCCUUCCUGCACCGAGGAAGUAGGGUAUUUUGGAUUGAGUUCUGAAGAGAACAAGCUAAUGUCUGACAUAGUUUUAUGUUUAAAAAAGACUAUUAAAUGUGAAACCAUGUACAGAUGAAUGUAUAAAACUGACCGCAUUUAACUUGCUCUUAAAUUGUAAAUCUUGCAAUUACUAACUUAUUUUUCACUGUUUAGUAUACUUCUGUUCUUCCCCAAAGUAGUAUCCCAGUAUUGUUUACUGUUGGUCUUUAAAUAUUUUGGUAGGAAGCUCAGUGGGUAUGAGCCAACUGAGUGACUAUUAGCUGUCCUGCAAAUUGAAAAAAAGAGUGAUGUUUUUUAAAGUUUGGAGAGGAUGAAGUUUGAUGAAGUUUACAUUUUACUGGAUUUCUUUAAGCAGUGACACUUGACUUUACAAACAUUGUAAAUGUUUCAGCUAUUUCUGAUAGAUUUUUUUUGUGAAAUAGUUCAAAGGAAAUGCCUUUGCUGGCUCAGUUCUGUAAUUCUUGUAAAUAUGUAUCCUUACAAUGCCUUUUGAGUUAGAAUCAUGGAAGUUCUGUAGUUUCUGUAAGCUACACUAGCAGGGCAGUCUGUCAUUAUAGCUGUGGUAAGAAAAAAAAGUAAGAACACCGAACAUUCUGGAAAUGUGCAUACGGAGUGUUUGUGUUUUUUUUCCGUGGCCGUUCCACCACUGAAGUCCUUCCUGCCAGACAUUGUCAGGUUUAGUGCAGAUUUCAUUUUUCCUUUUGCAAUAAUAUUGUUGCAUCUGUCUUGCGAUGUGUUUCAUAGGAAAACUUUGAACUUGAUUUUAUUCCUUUAUUGUAUGUUUUGUUAGUUACAGUCCCUUUGUAAAUCCCUGACACAGCAGCAGCAAUGGAAUCCUGAAUUAAUUUGUCUUUGGUGUCAGCAGAAAGUUUGUUACAAGGCUGCAUGAUUACUGCAUACAAUUUCAUGGUGAGCAGCUCAGGGUGACAAGUAUGGACUUUGUCACCCUCAGUCCCUCUAAGGCAGGAAAGCCGUUAGUUGUAAUGAGUAAAAAUAUAGGCCUUGUUGUUUCACUAUGAAUUGACCUUCUAAUUUACAGCCCCUGAGAAAUCCAGGGUUUCACAGUGUGGUAUUCCAUGCUGUGGAGCAUUGUAUUUGCAUGGGACCCCUUGUCAUGUGUCCUCUGCCCACCAGGCAUUUGGCAAAGAGCUUUGCUGGCUAUACUUCGAAGCACAGGUGCUGCAGUUUAUGACUAGAUCUCAGUUUGUCUGAUUACAUAAGCAUCCAAGAGUGGUUAGAAGUCUUUAUUUAAAGGACAGACCAGAGUCAUGCUGUACCCCAUUUGAACUGGUAAACAUUGUGUUUCAGACAGUUAAUGAAGUGUUUCUGUAAUGUGUAGUGAUAUACAGCACAAAUUAACACAGAGCAUGUGUUGCUGACUUCUUUCUGGUUAGCUUAUGUAGUCACAUAGUCAGUAAUUUAAGUAAGGAAUCUUCACAUAUAAAGACUGUUUUGUACUGCUUGUGGUGACUGUAGCUGAACAGCAGUGUACUAGUUUGGCAGAGAUGCAUUAGCUUGUGUUCUUCCACCAUUGCACACAGAUCUAAAAGGACAGAUUUCUGUUUUUUAUUACAUAAUUGUACAUCACUGACAACUGGGCAUUUUUCAUUGAUGCAAGUCAUUCAGCUAGAACCUGUUAUUUUGGAGUUUUAGCUCUGAAUAAAUAUAUGAAUGGGCUGCUUCAAUUUUCACAUUUUUUCAAGUUUUCUGACAAGGAGAAGCACAAAUAAUGAUGGUGCCAUAAUGAGUUCUUCAGUCCUUAAUGUGCUGUCUGGACAGAAAAUAUCCCUGCUUAAUGGGGUUCCAUUUAGUAUUACCGUCAGUAGUUUACCAGAAAAGCCAUACUGUGCUUAUCUUCCUAUUUGCUUCUGCACAGUGUUAGGUGUAGCACCUACCGUCAGAGGUAAAGGCUGCCAUUAUCAUGUCUAAAGGCUUAUUCUUCUGUCGGCUUGAUCAGCUUGUUUUCCACACCAGCCAAGCUAGAGGGAAGGUAUUAAGGAUGAUCCAUAAGAAAUAGCAGUUGCAUUUUUUUUUAAGUGGCAGUAGUUGAUUCCCGAUUUGAGUGUUAUUCCCAUCAAAGGAUAGUAACCAUUGGUGUUACUAUAGCCUUUUCUGGACAGCCUCAACCAGUGCACUGUUAUAUUUACAGAAUUCCUGCCAGGGAAUGUCAACAAGUAUAUAUUUUAAAAUAGUUCCAUUAGUAUGGUCUGUCAUUCUUUUGCAGUCUGUGGAAGGCAUGCCCCAUCCUUUCUCAUAUUUUUGUCUCAGCUGAUCAAUGUCCCUCACAUCUGAACAGUUCUAAUAACCAUUUUAUUACUUUUAUGCAGGUAAGCUUAUUUUUUCAUUGAUGAGCAUUUUUAAACAGUGUUUUUAUGCUGAUUUGGCCAAAUCAUAGAGAAAAGGUAGAUCUUGGUCACUGAGCUGAUAGGACUUCGCUUGAGCCACUGGCACCAUCAUAAUCCCCAUUAGCAGUGCUUUGGUCAUCCUCAAUCCACUGUAUCCUAAACCAUUUUUCUUAUGGAGAGAAGAACAAGUAGCUAUACCCCCUACUGUACCCCAUAAAUCAGAUUACCUAAUAAAAGCUGUUGAGCUUUCUGCUACCAUUAGAUCUUUGAUGAAUCAUGAUAGUCAUAACCUUGCCAUAAUGAAAGACUGCCCAAGUUAGGAUGAUGAUAUCAACAGGUGGUUCUUUGAAAAUCCUGUUGAAACUAUUGUUGGAUGAUCCUUUGUCAAGCAUAGAAGUUAUAUUUAUAUCCAACUUGAUACAAAGGUUGCUAGUGGCAUUAAAAUUAGAUGGGCCAAGAGUAGGGUUUCACUCACACGGAGAUCUUCUCCUGUGCUGAUGGUGUAGAGGAGUGGACCAACAUUCUGAUUAAGGAGGUAGGAGAGGAAGGCAGACUCUUCCUUUCUAGCAACUGCCAUCCAGAUCUUUUGAUUUGGGGUUUCUUCUUACCUUUGUAAGACUUCAUGGUUUGAUGACUCAUCUAAAUUCCUAACACAUGUCAUGGAGGAUUUCAAGGAUAGUUCACCUGUCUUAAUCUUCUAAAACCUGCGUCUGAGGUGGUUUUCCCAGAGUAAUCCACUGGGGGCAAGUAGGGUAUUAUGGAAGGAAUAGUAACGGCCUUUUAUUUCCUUUUAAGGCAAAUAUGGUAUCUCCUGGUAGAAGGCUUCUCCAUUUUGGCAAUACAUUUUCCAUCUACUUCUGUGGUGUUAAAGGUGGCAGAAGAUUGGCAGAAGGUACUGUUGCAUGUGAGCAGUCUGUGUACAAAUGAGAUUUCCAUGAGGCUGGAUGACUUGAGGAUGAGAGGGUCUGUUUAGCAUAGACAUUAGGUGUUUUCAUCUUUAUCUCAUUGGGUUAUUUAUGAUGUUCCUCCUCAUUGAUGUAUAUGAAUGCCACCAAUAACAUCAAUGUUGUGAGUCUUGUGAUGCCUGAUUCUGCUUGAGAAACAUGUGCAUUGCCACAGAUGUUCAGGUGCACAUUGUGAUGUACGGCAUCACCUUCUCUGAGGCAUGUAUGGCUGAAGUGAUCAAAUUCUUCAGGAGUGUUUAAGUAGCUUACUUUCCACUGAGAAAUAAAGGAAAAAAUUAAUAGAAUGGGACAGAUUCAGACCAUGUAAGAAAUCAGUACCAGUUUGGGGAUCCAGGAGAACUCAGAAGUGUUGGUCCUAGAUGGUGACCUUAACGUCAUUGACAGAGUGGGCAUUGACUCUCCCAGGCAUCUGUUAGUGCCAACAAGUCUAUAUCCCUGCUUUCUAAAAAGGUGCCCAUACACAGGCCCUUUUUGCUCAGUUGUGCAUUUGAUGGUUUGCUCUACCACUUUCAUCUGUUAAACUGAGAAGUGGUCUGAGAGGAAGUUUUUCCUUCAUGGUCUUCAGCAUUCUGUCAUAGUUGUGUGUUAUGGCUGAAAUGGGUCUACUUUGAAUAUACCACUACCCUGAUUAACAGACCUAAAGAAAUAAAUCCAUCACAGCACUGCCAUAGAAUAGUGACCUACUUCAGCAUUCUUACCCAACUUUCUAAAUAGAUUUGCAAAUUAAAAUCAAGGAAACUCGAAUUCAUUGUAAACCAUGAAAGUGUUAAACUGGUUUAUCAUUCGUAUAAUGUUCAAGACACUAACAGUUCGGUUCCUUUUAGAAAGUUGUAUAUUCAGGUUUGGUUUUGUGCUUUCAGCAGUUAAAAUGGAUAUAGUUACAUCUGGUUUCACAAUAUAUAUUGCCGAAUCUAAUCUUGAGGACCCUCCUUGAUGAGUCGUGUGGUUUAAUUUAUCCUUCCCAUCAGUCAGCAUUUGACAUCUUUUCUGGAAGUUCCCAUGCUUGUGAUAGACAUGUGCUUUUGAAAAAUACCAUGAUGUCAUGUGUCCUGUACAUAAGCCUAGUCACUCCAUGUGCUAGCCGCCCUUUUUUUUGUCACCUAUUCAGUUUAGGUUUGAACUUGUUAUUGGUAAAAGUUUUCUGCAUGUGCAAGCCCUUUGUAUUUAUUUUUAGAAGUUUCUGAAUUCUAAAUCUAGUGGAAUGGUUCCUUUCAAUACACAUGGCAUGUGCUAGAGUUUGAAUCUGAGACUUCAUUAAGAACAUUGCAGCCUGUAACCCUAGAGGUUGGUCCAUAUUGUCCAUGACUUUCCAGUGUCAGACAUUCAUCCCCAUUUAGCAAGGUCUGGAUCAUGCAUUUUCCCUUUAUUUCUGUGGAGUAUUUGGAAAAUGAGGAGACCUUCUUCCACCCUACAGGGAAAAUGCAUCGCGCGGUAUCAGAGAUAUAUUUUGCCCUACUUGGUUCUCAUUGUAUCCACUCUCAUCUCUGACAGACAUUUUGAGCAAUGGUUGCAGGACGUGCUGAAUGGCUUCCUGUUUAGGGUCCAAAGACUUCCAUGACAGAGGCCCCCUCCCCUUUUUGUGGGUUCCUUGUCUUCCUGGAAAAAACAAUGCUCUGCAGACACCUUAAGUGCAGGGCUAGGAACCUUGUGCUUGCUCCUGCCUGCAUAGUGGAUGGACUGUCUUAAGAGUAGCAAGCAUCUCUCUGUCCUUGGUCCCACCUGCCGUGAUCAUGGAGAGCAGCUGAGCAGCCUGCUCAUUUAAGUUCAGUGAGAGAACAACCCUGAUGAAAUGGAUAAAAGGGGAAGUGGAUCCAUUGGUUACCCCAUUUGCUGCCGGUUUUCACCUUCCCUGUCCUCUGUGUACUCUCCAUGGUGGGAACUGCUGGAGAGGCCCAAAUUAUCUUAGCAGGUCAGAUUCUUUUCCUGUGGGUGAUAAAAGCUGGCACUUUUGCUUGGGAGAGCUAACAUACUUUUCUGCCACUCAGUACUUGGGAACUUUUCUGGUCCUCUUUUAAAGUACCCCCCGAUAAUAUUUGUUAGAAGAUCUGCGGGGAUUCCCCCUCUCUCUCCUCCCCUACUUUAUGCAUUUAAUAUAUCUUUCAGUGAUUUCUCUGCAUGUCUCUAAGGAGUGAUGGUCGUAUGCUGGUAUGGUAUUUUAGACUGUUUAAUCUCCAGUGCCUUCUCACUGCUGGCCUUUGGAAUGAGAGACAGGAAGAUAUCCUUCUGUGUUUCCAUCCUGUUAGGUUGUCCUGCCUAGGGUUCCUGGUAUAAGGGUUGCCCUUAUGGGGAUCUGCCUUGCUGUAUGUUAGCAGUCAAAUGGGGUGCCUUAUUCUGGCUGCAGAGUCCUUUUGGAUUCCCAUCAGGAGAAGUCUGUUCUAAGUUUGUACUCUUCCUCUCCUUGUAGAUUUCCAGCAGCUGGAUCAUUCCAGUAUAAUGAGUUCCUUUAGCAUUGUCUCAGAUAUGCUCCUCCGGCAUUUUUGGUGAGGAAGGAGGGGUAGCUACUGAGAUCAGACUGGGAUCCAUCCCCUAAAAUGAAGCUGUUUGGACUCUGGGAGCAUGUUGUCCCUUCUCUGGAAGAGUUAUGGUCCUGGCCAAAUGCUGCUGCACCAGCACACGAGAUGGAGAGGUGUGGGAAGGCCAUAUUUUGUUCUUGGGAUUCCCAUUCCAUAAUCUGUCCCAUCUUUGUUUAGAGAUAUAGUUCUUGCUCUGUCUGGGUCCUCAGGAGAUUCACCUUCCCCUUCCCAAUAGAGGGAUGCUGUUCUCAUGUCUGUUAUGGAGAUGGUGUCUGUCCUUCUCAGGUCCCUUCUUCUUCCUUCCUGUGAGCAAGAACUGGGAGGAAUGAUGUGACCUUUCAUUCUCCUUAGACAUGUGAUCCAUAUAAGAUCCAUUAAGUAUGGCUCUGUUCCUAGAUCGACUGCUAAUAUGUCAGUUGUUUUCCCAGGUUCAGGGUGGCCAGAAUGAACUUUGCUGUGAAAUUCUUUCUUUGUCAUUGGCACCAUGUUUGGGGUGUGCUCAAGCACUACAGCAACUGCUUUCUGUGAUGACAUAAUUUUGCCUCUUCCAGUGUCUGGAUGUUUGAGUGCAAAUUAAUUACUCAAAUUUCACAUUUUCUCUGUGAUGGACUCUGGGUCCAUUUCACUUCAUGAGUAUUUCCAUAAAGCUUUAAAAGUCCCUUUCCUUAUUCUAGCACACAGAAUCCCAUUCCUUAGGCUGAGAGUUGAUUGUCACGGAUAUUCUUUUCAGGGUGUUAUGAUUCCAGAUGCAUCUUAUCUGGCUCAGGGAAGCUCCAUGGUGCCAACUAGGAAUAUCCUACAUAUACUGGGAUGUUAUUGUAGUAGUUAUGUCAUUUUUCCAUUUUUUUUUCUUUCAAAGUACCACACGAUCUGGUAAACAGUGAUUCAUCCUCAGCAAAAAAAAUAAAAAAUAGGACAAACUCUCAUCAACCAUCCAUAAUGCCUGUGGUCUGCUAGCUUUCCACUUCUUUUUCACAGCUAAUGCCCUGAUUUCCAGAACAAAUGUGUCGCUUUUUUUCCCUCCUUUUCUUAUUUUUUUCAUUACAGUGCAUCUAUCUUCAUCGAUCAAGGUAAUCUUUCCACCUCUUACUUUACUGGUUACCAUCCAUUUUCCUUCUUCAGUGCUGGUGCACAGACCUUGUGGCAUGUUUUCCUAACACCAAAACCUCUGUUCAAGAAGUGUGCCUGUGGGCAUUGAAUUGCAUCCUGUAACAAGUACUGUUGUGUUCUUAGCUUUGGUGAACAGCACAGCCUUUUGAAAUACCCUAUAUUCCACAACUUUAAUUGGUUCACUUUUCUCUGGCUUGUGGAUGAAUUAUCAGUUAAUUUUAUAAAGCAAGCCUUUUCCUCCCAGUGUGCACAUACCAGAACUAGACCUGACAGAACUCCAGGGUCUUUUCAGGCUAUGAGGGAUAUCCACAGGCUAAAGCUUUUCUAGUUAUAAAAACCUCCAGCUCACAAAUCACCCAUUCCCUCAUGACAGGGGCCUCUGGUAUGCCUCAUGUCUUUUUCUUCCUUAGCAAGAGCAGACACUGAGAACUUUCACAAUGCCAUGAAGAAUAUUUUUAUUCACUCACAAAGCCUUCAGCUUGUUAUUUGCAAGCUAAUGUGGCAGUGAUAGUUGAUUCUUCGUGGGCCUAGUUGCAGUCAACUCAGCUCAGCUCUGCCAGCUUGUUGUCACCUUAAGUGGAGGUGGGGCAAAAUGCUGGUGGUACUUUCUACCAGCACCAGGUAAAGAGCAUGUCAGUUACAUGUUGCUUCUUGCAGCCAAAAUACUGUGGUCCUCCCUGCCAUACACCUGUGUACUUUCCAAUGUCAGUAUUGUCAUUAUUCACUGUUAGGAAGCUAGUACUAAGUCACGAAUCCUCCUUGUCAGUCCAUCAUCCAUCAUAUAGCCAUAUACCAACAGAGGUUGAAAUGAUGCUGCCUGAGCAAAGGCAUUUGGUAUCCCUAGCACAAGUGCUGGUGCCAAGUACCUUUCAGCUUCCCAGCAUUGUAUCUGCUGAGUCUUCUACUGAUGUCCUAUCAUCUCCUCCCUGUAUUAGUGCCCAGUACCCUCUUCACAGCAUUGUCAGCACCCUUGCUUGCAGUGGCCUUGGCUUACCUGCCACUACCAACACAGUUAUAGGUCAGUUUGUAGCCCGAUUACCAGAUUAGUGCCACAGGUGCCUGUUAGUCCUAUUUUUGUAGCUGCUCACCAGAUCCUGCAAGCUAAAGUACCUUUGAAAAUCCAGGUCAUAGUACCAGUGGAGCACUGUGCUCAAGGUCAGUGCUAUCCAGUUCCUGUAACUAAGUCUUCCCAGAAGCAGACUGCACCAAAAAGACCUUCAUCAUCAUCCAUCUCAGACUCCCAUUAAAGACCCUGGAAGAUACUAGCCAACUGUCAACCCUUGGACUAACUGGAAGGAGUCCCUACAAGUGACGUGGAUGUUGAGGCAGGUUCUGUUUGUCUGAGGUCACCUCCUGAGGACACCAAUUUUAAAGAGUUCCCCUGCUUUAAUGUAGGUAAAAGAGGGGUGGCCCACAGACCAGAUUUCCUCACCCCCAGAGAAGGUUGUAUAAGAUGUGUGGGGUACAACCCACAUCUCCUGGAUGACCCUGCCCUUGGUGGACUUACUGAGACUUACUCACUUAGUACACUGCUGGAACACCAGCCCGCAUGACCAGGAAGGCUGACUGGGUUUAUCACCUUCCUGUAAACUGUGUGGUCUGGUCAGAUAUCCCUGUGCCUGCAGCAGCCCUGAGAAGGGUUCCCCUCCCUGUAGAGCCCAGGCAUUUGUUUAAAAGGCAAGCAGUCUGGGACAGAAGACAGGCUGUGAAAGCAUACCUUCGUCUUAAGAGCCUUAUCCUUGCUGUCACCUGCUGGACAUAAUCUAUUUUCAGAGGGACCUUAUGGACUAAUAAACUUGUAGCACAGGACUUGCCAGACAGAGAGACAGAAACGAUCAUGGCCAAGGCUACAUUGCUCUAUUUUCUGCCAGACCACAUAGAUAGUCCAUGUGAUUUGUAACAUGGCUUAGUUUUCAGCCCUAGUUGUUACAGCUAACAUAGUAGUGAGUGGGCAUGCCUGGCUCAGGCUUACAGAUUUUGCUAAGGAUAUGAAUGUGGUAUUUAUGGACUUUACAUUUACAGCACCCCUCUUGUUCACUGUGGAGGACACCAUGCAAAACCCUGACAGCUGUGGAAAUAAUGUUUUAGCUUUCGUCAAGGUUAUUUGCCAUAACUCAGAUGAGCCAAUUUUGAUGCAGACCACAGCAACCUUACAGAGCGUAGGGGGGCAGAAAGGCGCCAGGGCUCCUAAAACAGUAAUAAUGGCAACAGAGGCAGACAGAAGUAUUGCCACUCAGGGGGCCAGUGGAUAGUUCACAAAAUGACAGCAGCAAUCCUGUGUCCUUCACCCACCUCUUCCUGUCUAGAAGCAGUAGGGGAGAUGCUGUCCCUGCGCUUGACUGACUGGUAUCAGAUCACUCUUUAUAACUGGGUCAGGGAUAUAGUAAUUUCCAAAGGUUAUUAUAUUCUCUUCCCAGAGUUACCCUUGCAGUCCUAUUCCUUGCCAGAUAUCUCAAGAAAUAGGCCAAGCAGGAGCUACUUACUGCCCUAAGAAAAAGAUCCAUCUAAGAGGUCCUUUUGGGCCAGACGAGUCAAUGAUUUUAUUCUAGAUUUGGUAUCAAAGAAGAUAAAGGACUUUGGGCCAGUACUGAACCUCAGAUGCCUGGAUGAAUUUGUGGUAAAGCAGAAAUUUUGCAUAGUUUUGAUAUGGCCAGUCUUCUUAUGUAUGUUGAGGAAAGUACAUGUGCUCUUUGGACUUGCAAGACUCCUCCAUACACAUUGUAAUUGUCUAGGAAGUACCCGUCGUUUCAUGUGGGAGCCAGUUAUUUUCAGUUCAGAUUCCUGCCCUUUGGUCUUGCAGUAGCCCCCCCCACAGAGUGCAUGCCAGUAGUUGCUGCUCACAAAAGACUACAAAGCACCCAGGUGUUUCCUUGUGUAGGUGAAUGGCUCAUAGUUGAAGAACCAGGAGUCUGUUAGUUUAGUGCACCACAUCCCUGACUAGACUCUUCAUUCAGCAGGAAAUCACUUUCAAUUCCCCUACACAGUGCAUUGCAUUUUUAGGAUUAAUCUUGAAUACUUUGGAAUACAAAAUAUUUCUGGAUGUAUGCAAAUAUAUGGCCCUGCAUCUGUCCAUUUGCCAACUCUUGCUGUCUCUGGUGCACUGAAGAGCUUGUGUUCGGGGUGGUGGGGUAUGUAGUCACUGCCACUGAUGUGGUUUACUUUGCCCUUCCGUAUAUGUGACCCCUGUAUCAGUUCCUCUGUCUGCUGUCAGCACCACAAGCAACCCGUUUCUCACACAACUGCCAUUGUACACUAGUGUGCCCACAAUCUCCAGUGAUGGCUGCUUUUCCCCAAUCUUCCGUAGAGGUCUGCUUCUGUUGGCCAAAUCUGUCGCAGUCAUAUGUGAGAUGGAUGCCACUGUCCUGCAUUCAGUUACUGGAUGUAUAUGUCUGCCCUAGGUACGCUGGGGUCUUGGACACGGCAUCAAUGUUGCAGGGUGUAGCAUAGUCCUGCUAGUGCAGUCUCACAGCAUUUCAGUGAUUUGGUCCAUUAACAAGCACGUAGGAAUCCUUAUGCUUUCCCCUUUGCAGCAGUGCCAUAAAGCUGUGGGAUUGGGUUCUUGGCCAUCAGACUCAUAGAAGUCAUAGGAAAUUCAAGGCAUAUGAGUUUUGUGGCCAUAUACACCUGGCUAGUAACCGUCCUUAGACUAUAGUGCCUCUCUCAAGGAGAGCUAGGUCAGUCAAUCCAGGGGUGAUUUGUGAAUACCAAUCCAAACAUCCAUGUCACAUUUGAAGGAUGAUAGUGUAUCACACUACUUAAAUUGCAGGAGGAAGUGGGGGAGAUGCUGCAUGAUGAAAAUUUCUCUCUACAGUGUUUUAUUCAUCUGUUGGUAGAGACUUGUAUCUCUUGUUCUGGUAUUGGUGAGGCCAUUUGAUUUAUGGAAGUACAAGAGGUCCAGAACCAUUGCAUCCCUACUGGCAUGGAGAGCAAGGCAAGGAUCACCUCUUGGAGUCUGUAAUAUAGUAAGUAAAAUUAGAGUGCUUCCAGUUCUUUACGUCAGCCUAGGGAUUUUAAGCCACUGAUCUUAGGAAUCCCUGGAGUCUUUCUAGUUUGAUAUGUGUGUUAAGGUACAUUUUAUUCAGUGAUUGGCCUAGUUACUGCUGAGUGUAAGGGGCCAGUGACCUCUUUAUAUUUGGAUGAUGUUCCCUUGGCAGUUAACUGUGUUAAUUAGAAGGUCUUCCUGACUACUACUGUUACAUGAUGUCACCGUGAGCUCUUCCUGGUCACUGUACAGAUUCUUGGGGAGUGUAGUACCUUAGCGUAGACAGGUGUACUAGGAUUUUUGUUUGCCACAGGUGGUCUCUGAACCAAAUCAUAACGAGCAGAAUAUUUCACAGAUGGGGUGUUUUGUCAAAUGCAAAGAAGGCUUACAAAGAAGUGAAAUGUGCACUGGGCAGCCAUGAGGGGUGUUUCCCUUUUAUCAGAUCCUGUGGAACAUAGCUACACAAUUUGACCAGGGACUAUGUUAGUGUUCUUAAAGGUGCACCUAGCUGCCAUAUUAAACUUUUAACAGGAUUCUGGACUCAAAGUCAGCAAAGCUUUUCUCAAAGGCACCUUUCACUUAAGACAGACUACCUGUUUACAGUCCAUUACCACCUGGGUCUUUAUCGUAGAGAAGUUAAUGCAGGCCCCCUUCGAACUGGCAGCUUAAGCAGACCUCAGAUUUCUUUUAUUGGAAAAUCUGCUUUCUAGUGUCUCUUACAUUUAAUGGGUGGAAUAUUCAAACUGUAACCUUUGCCAGUUUUAGAAAAUGUGGCUACUACUAAAUCUUUCACUGUUCUUCUUAAGGUAUUACUUUGUGAGAAAGAAUUGAGAGAAGAUGGGGUGGGAUUCUGUGUGAGCCUUCUGUCUUUGCCACUAGCAACAAGUAAUUGGGAGAUUGGAAUCUGUUUCCCAGUUUGCAGUAAACUCAUGCCAGUUUUUGAUUGAUGUGUUGUACUUAGAGGUGUAGGUUCCUGUAUAUCAACCCUUCUUCAUUUCCCCCCCUGCUCCUUUUCUCAGUCACAUUAGAAGUCUAGUAGAAAUUGAUAAAUGAGCAUAGAUCCAUGCCAUCAUAAAGCUAUGAUUUGAUGACAUCUCUUCCAUCCAUUCCUCAAUGGAUGGGUCUUUGGACCUGACUUGGCCACUCAAGACUUUGGAUCCAAAGAUCAGGCUCCUCCCCUUGCCCAAAACUCUCUGCAGAUGCUGACCUUACCUCAGAUUUAGUUUUCCACUCUUUUGCUACAAAUGUGAAUCUCCAUUGCUCAGGCUUGGGCUCUCCACAAGUAACUUUUUAUAUUUAUCUACUUAAACUCUUUCCUUGAAAAUUUUAUGUUUGAGUUUUACUCUCUGGCUUUCUCCUGGCAGCUCUCGCCAUUGGCACCCCCUUUUUUAUUAUUAGUUGUAAAAUUAAAAAUUAGUACAGCUCAGUAGUUAGUAGUGUGUGUUUUUCUAUUUGAGGAGGAGGUGGUGGUAGUUCCUUCUUAUUACUUUUUCUUGUUCUUGAGGUGAUUUUGUAGCCAUGUCAUUUACACCUUUGGGGUUUAAAAAUGUGUGGUCUGUGGCCACAAGACACCAAACUCUGAUGCACACUCAAGUGUGUGUACUGUCUCAGGACUGCCCACUUAGGUGUUUCAUGCUAUACGUGCACUGUUUCUGGUUCUACUGCAGUCAUCAAGUGUAAGAACAAGGUGUUGCUCAAGGAACUCCUUCUUCCCCUUCCUGUAGAAUUGUCCCAGACUUGUUCUGCUGCCUAUGAGGCUUCCCUUUCUACCAAAAGAUCCUCCAACAGAUCCAAGUGGAAUAAGUCACAGAAAAACCUAAGGAGAAAACAUAGGAGUCCAGAAAACACUCCCCAGACCAUUCCUCCACUUUUCUUGCUUGUUUGGGCCCAGCACCCAAGUCAUCUGAACCAUCAGAUCUGACACUUUUUUUUGAAACCUGUUCUUAUCAGAUCCAAAACACUUCCUCUCCCAGAACCGAGGUUUUCCCCAGAAGCUGGUUUCACUUAGGCUCCGCUCCCCAUUUCUCUAAGAGAGACCAGUUCAGUGGUCCUCUAGGCCACCUUCUACUACCUCUUCCUUGCAGUCAGUCCGGUCAGCCAGGAGUCAUUCUGAAGCAGACAUGGACCGGAUGAUGAGGACAUUUUUCGGGAUCCAGAUUCAGCUGGGGAGCUUAACUCCUUGCCUUCAUCAUGUCAUAGCUCCUACCCUUGAUCUGUUUUUCAGGUGUGGGCAUUAUAUAUCCAAGUGUUCCACGGAGUUUGUCCAUGUUGGAUCCAAAGACCUAUUUUUUUUUUUCCAUUUUAUUGCUGUUUGCGAUCCAUCUGUCUCCAGCUGCCUUGGAUCCAGAAAGAUUUUUGGGCAGAAGUGUCAUCACCAGAUCUUGGGAAGAUGGGUUUGACUCCAAAGCUUUUAGAACCAUCUCUUCCUCUCAAGAGCCAGACAGCUCAGCUCUGACAUCAGCCUUGUAAAUUAGCUGGGCAGAAUUUAAUUUUUUUUUCUGGAGCAGUAGCCCUGGCACUGUCUAGAAAAGUUUGAGGUUAUCUCUCAGCUUUGCCAUUCAUGGUGUCGAAAGAGCACUCUCCUUAUUAGAUGCGUGGACUUUUCUUACUCACCUGGUUCCACCCAUCCCCCAUAGAAUACCCUUGGGUCCUUAGUCUCCUCAUUCAGUCCUUUCAGGACACAUGGGUUUAUCUAGCCUUGAGAUAGUUUGUAUUGGGGAGCUCCCAACUCUUAAGAGUCUCCAGAACAUCCUACCAUGGAGGCUCCUCAGAAGCAUAUGUGUAAGAGGAGAUGCAUUGACCCCCCCCCCCUCCAAAAGUUAUCAACAGAAGACACUGCCAUCGAUGAAGGGGAGUUUCACCUAGAUCCCUUCUUGCGAAUGUCUCAUUUGGAGAGAUCCUCAAAGUUUUGAGACAGAAAGGCUUGUGGUCCACUAAAAUCCCUUCCCAAGAGGAGUCCAUGUUUCUUAAGGCUUUCAGAUCCUGCCCUGCUACAUUUUGGGUAGUUCCACUGGCUGAUGAAAUGGUGGCUGUCAUCUCUAAGUGGGCAUGGAAGGAGCCAAAUGUGGCCGAACCAAUUCCCUGCAAACUGAACAAGUAUUUAGUAUCUACAAAGGACCGUCAGCACUGUAGUAAGGGUCCAGCCUUCAAUUCCAUGGUAGUGGCAGCUGCCACUAAGAAAGAGGUAGUGGAAGAGAGCUUGUCUGCCCACCCCCUAACAGACAUUCCAGGAGGUUGGACAGGUUUGAAAAGUGGGUUUAGGUUUCAUCUGCUUUCACUUAGGAGGGUGCUGAAUUACUUGACACAUGUCAAAAGAUUCCAGAGGAAUUUGAGCAAAUUUCUGAAUACCUUUCCAGGUCCAUAUCUGCAGAGGGAAAGAAGACCUUGCACUUGGCUACCCUACAGUCCCUUUCCAAUGUGUCGAUGCUUCUAAUAUCUAAUGUGACAAAGGGCAUUUUGAGAGUUUCUGGUACUGGCAUUACUGUAAGGAGACAUUUCUGUAUGGGCUUCUAUGACUUUGCGGAGCACUUCAAGGUGUCCUUUGUGAAUGUCCCUUAUGAUGGCUCAACUCUGGACGUAAAGUCAAGGACAUACUUUCCAGAAAUUAUCAAGAUAGAAAGAUCCUUUGUUAUAGGAAUAUAGUUUUCUAGCCCCAGAGGUCUUUCUGUAGGAACUAUAAAGGGUGUAAGAAACUAUGGUUCUGAAAAUCCCAAGGAUUUUCUCCCAAAACCUGUGGAAAUACUCUCCUGUGGUGGGAUGAGGGGUUACUCAAAUAAUGGAUAUUGCCCUCACUGCAGGGAUGGGCCACAACACCAAGGCUUCAGCUGAAAGGCCUUAUCUGUGCUUCUUAAUGGUUGCCCGACUGUUAUACACUGGAGGCAGUCAGGGUGGUGCUUGUCACUGCACCCCAGAGCCUGCAUAUCUAACACAAAAGACACAUGGGUGCAGAGGAUCAUAACUGGAGGCCAUUCCAUUCCCUUUUUGUUUAUUCACAACAUCAAAAAAGUAAUUGAAUGUUCCACCCUCUGAAAUGCAAGCAGCAUUUACAGAGUAGAAAAGCUGCUGAACAAUCAGGUUAUCGAAGAGGUCCCUCCAGACCAGCACGGAUCUAGAACUUACUCAGGAUUUUUGGUGCUAAAAAGAUGGGAUCUCAGGCCAAUUUUGGACCUCUGUCAUCUCAGUCAGUAUGUCAGGCAAAGUACCAGAUGGUCAUGGUUCAGUCAGUUCUCCCACUGUUGAGAGUAAAUGAUUGAAUGUGAUCGAUAGACCUUCAGUUGCAUACAACCACAUCAAGAUGGACAGGUGAUCCACUAUGUUCCUCUGUUUUCAGCUGGGAACCAGUCACUUCCAUUUCAGAGCCCUGUCCUUUUUAUCUCACCACAGCCCCUCAGGUGUUCACUAAGUGUAUGGCAGUAGUCACAGCCUGUCUCAGGCUUCAAGGUUCUGGGUGUUCAUGUACAUAGAUGACUGGCUAAUUUCUGCCCCUACCAGGAAUAUACUCAAACUCCUUGCUUCAGCUUUGCUCAUGGCUGAGUAUUACUGUGAACUCUGACAAGUUCAACAUUUUCCCUGUUCAAGCAAUUGAAUUUAUAGGAGCACACUUGGACACAAUUUGUCAGAUAGCAAGACUUCCUCAGAACAGACUGUCAUCCCUUUACAAGCAUACAUUAGAGAUUUUUCUCCUUCCAGAAACCACCUGCAAGAUUGGGUUCUACAGCUGCUAGGCUCAAUGGCUGCAUCCAAUAACUUGGUUCUACUUACGAGAUAUAAGUGCUUCAGUGGACCCUUUCAGUGCAUUAGUCCAUCAGACAUCGAUCUGAGUUUCCAUAUGCACCUAACAGAUAUAUGCAGAACAUAUAUCUGUUGGUGGUUCAAGUCCUGAAUAGUAGCAUAAGGUUGCUUAUUUGUACUUCUUUACCCAAGGCCACAGUGACCACAAACACUUCCCAACUGGGGUGGAGGAGACAUUACAUGGGAAAAACAGUCAAAGGCAUGUGGUCCCCCUCUGAAGCCAAGCUAUAUAUCAACAUGCUAGAGAUGAGGGCGGUUCUACUAAUGUUGUAGGCCUUUCUGGACUCCCUCCAUCAAGGAAAGAGAGAUCUAUGCAGGUAGAGGCAAUGUGUUGGUAGUCUGGUACAUCAACAGAGGAAGCCUGAUCCUGCUCAUCAUACCAAGAAGCAUUGAGGGUUGGCAGUGGGCAGUAUCUUCCAGCUACCUUCUAAUAGCAAUGUACAUGCUGGGGAAAUCCAUUGCUGUGGUGUACAGGCUGAUGAGCAGGUCUGUCCUCUUGCCUCAUGACAUGAGUGGUCCCUCAACCUGAAGGUGGCAGAGUAGAUUUUUUUUCUCUCUGCCUCUCCCCACAACAUCAGAUGCAAGUCACCGAGGGAUCCCCCCCACGGGCUCUUAUAUGCCUUCCCUCUAGCUCCUUUCAUAUAAAAUUUUCUACAGAAAGCAUUAUAGAGGAAGAUCAUAGUUAUUCUAAUUGCCCCCUUCUGGCUCCACAGAUGUGGCUCCCUUACCUCGGGCCUCAUCUGUUAAACCACCCUUGGUUGGAUCUCAGCCUGGAUUUCCUUUCUCAUCUGUCAAGAAUGCCUCCCCAGACAUUCAAGUUGUCAGAUUAACUGUUUGGUUUCUACACUUCCAGUGAUGGCUAGUUAGUCCAGGCUUUUGUCUUGAGUAAUCCACAUUCUUACAUCAUCCCAGAGACCUGUGAGGAAGAUUUGCAAAAACAAGUGGAAAAGGUUUUUUAUUUAGGCCUGUCAAUGGAAUCUGGAUCCUUUUUGGGCUCCUUUUCCAGCAGUAUUAGAUUUUCUGGCUUCUCUCUUCCUUAAUGGUGCCAGUUGUUUUUUAUUUUUUUAUUUCAUUUUGAAUUAAACAUUUGUUUACCAGGAAAGUCCGAUUUGGUACAAAGCCAA